UCCAGUUCAACUGAUAUAAAUGAUUCAGAAUCUUUUCAGAUACAAAGAGAAUAUUUAAUGAAUUAUUACAAGACUAAAAAUGCUUACAUGAAAUCUUUAUUGUGGAGUGAAAGAAGUAAAGACUUUCCCUUAAAAGACUACUUUGUCCAACUUACAGUUCAGGAAGCAGAUUUAUUAGGGAAAAAAGAAGGAGAAACUAUUCAGUUUACACAGAUUUUUCCAAAAUCAAUUGACAGACAUGUUGUAAUGUUAGUCACUGGUGAUCCUGGUUAUGGCAAAACUACAUUUUGUAAGAAAAUAGCUUACGAUUGGGGCACCGAUACAUCCCGUACCAAUUAUUUAGGAUAUUAUGAUUUUACUGUCGUCAUUAUUUUGCGAGAAUUAGAGAAGAAAAGUAUAACAGAUGAAAUUCUCCAAUGUAUCUGUGAAAAUACAGAUACCAAUUCUAGAGAUAAGUUAAGACAAAGAGGAUUUAAUUUAUUAAUCAUUCUAGAUGGAUUUGAUGAAACAGGUGAUAAAGAUUCAAUUAUACAGUUCAUUAAAAAAGACUCAUUUCAUAUUUCUAAAGAAAUAACAAUUCUUGUUACUUGCCGUCUUCAUGCUGCCGAAAAUAUAAGAGAAUACAUAAAUAUGAGAUUCAUUAUUCAAGGAUUUUCACAAGAACAAAAAGAAAAUGGUGCCCUUAGAUUUAUUAAUCCUAUUCUUCAUUACAGCAUGUAUAAUUUUUUCAAAAAUGUUGAAAUUCCUGCAGUAAUUCCAAAAGAUCUUGAACUAAAAUUGCAUAAAACAAGUAAAAAUCUUGUUGCUCUCCUUAGCAAGGAUGAUUUAAUUGGAGAAGUCAAAUACUUGAUUUCUACUAAACAAUAUUUGAGUCUGAAAGAUAAUAUCAAGCUAUCACCUGAUGAUAAAUGA